GCGUGCUACCGGGUGCGCUCCGUGUCCGUGCGGCGGCCGCCGGGCCAUGGCCGAGGCCGCGGGCAGCUCCGCGCUGAGGCGGUGCCUGGAUGUGCUCAGGGACGCGAGGAACGACAGCGAGCAGUUCGCAGCGCUGCUCCUGGUGACCAAAGCGGUCAGAGCUGGAGAAGUAGACGCCAAGACCCGUCGCCAGAUCUUUGAUGCAAUUGGAUUCACAUUUCCCACUCGCCUGCUCGCGUCUGCGAAGCCCCCACCGGGCUGCCCCGAUCACACCUUCCGGGCGCUGGGCCUUACUCUGCUGGCAUGCUUCUGCACCGAUCCCGAGUUAGCGGCGCACUCCCAGAUCCUGAACAAAAUCCCAACCUUCAAUGACAUCCUGGUUUCCCCCUGCAAUCCGGACAGCGCACCCAUGGUUGAUGAUGUAUACCAGUGCCUCAGUGCCGUCAUGGCCACAAGCAGGGGGCCCAGAGAGCUGGUGACCAAAGGGACAGUGUCUGCCCUGUGCCAGGCAUAUGUGAAUUGCAGUUAUGGCUCUGACCGUGCGUUGGCUCUGCUCCUGGGGCUGUUGGCCAUAGCAGAGGAGAAGUGCUGGCAGAGAGAUGCUCCACACCUCCUGGCCGUGCUGAGCAAGCUUUCCGAGGAUUUCCUCAAGACUGAAGACAUGACCAAAUUCGAGCUGUGCAAGGUUCUGCCUCAUUUCAUCCCCUUGUCACCACCGCUCACACAGGACCCACAGGGCUCUGAGUGCCUCCAUAGGCUUUACAAAGGGCUGGCUAACAUCUUGGGCAGUAAACUCAGCCAGUCGCAGCGGGACCCUGCCCUCAAGCUUGCUGCCUGCCUUGUGCAGGCCUAUGGGUCAGAGUGGAUCCCAGCAGGCAGUGCUGGAAGCAAGUUCCUGGCCUUGUUGGUGAACUUGGCUUGUGUGGAGGUCCGCCUGACCCUAGAGGAGCCAGAUCCCUUGGAGGUGGAGGGGAAGAAAGAAGUGGUAACAGCCUGCUAUGUCCUUAUUGAGAUGGGGAUCCAGGAGUGCCUGAGAGAAGAGAAACCACUGCUCGAGGAGGUGCAGAAAAUGCAACUCAUGAGGAUCAUGGAGGAGGCAUUUGGAGCUGUAAUAUUCUACCUGAGGCAGGUUAAACAGGAGGAGCUACAAGAUCCUUUCAUAUUUGCUUCUGUUCGAAUCCUUGGAGCCUGGAUGGCAGAAGAGACAUCCUCCCUCAAGCAGGAAAUCUGCGAGCUCUUGCCCUUCCUUGUUCUUUAUGCUAGAAGGCUUUUCAAAGAGGGCAGCUCAGCUCAGAGUCCUCCCCAGUCAGAGGUGGUCAGCACCGAGGGCUCUGGCUUACCCCAGGAUGCUCUGAGGCUUCUGCUACCUGGUUUUUGCCAUUUAACAGCAGAGGACAGGCCCCGGGACAUCCUCAUCUCAGAAGGGGCACCAGCACUGCUGUGUGAGUACUUCCUCCAUCAGUGGGAGGUGCUGACCUCCAAGCCUGGGUCCCUGACUCCACUGACAAGCACUGAAAUGAGUCUGCAGACCAUGUGUGGGAUCUUCCUUAACCUGGUUGUGACAGCACCAGACCUCAUCAGGCAAGACAAAACCUUUCGCUCCUUGAUGGACACGCUGAUGAAGUCUCUUCCACUUCUGCUGCCCCAGAAGGAUCACCUGGCUCUAGCAGCAAACAUUGCCACUCUGGGCCUGAUGAUGGCCAGGAUCCUUGCAGAUUCCACAGCUCUCCAGGGGACACAGCGUACCAAGGAGUUCUUUGGGGCUGCCAUUUCCUUCCUAUCCCAGGCUCACACUGCCCAAGCAGAGCCUGGCAGUGACAGCUUGACCUUGGCUGUUUCGCCUGCCUACACGAGUGCCUGGGCUGACAUCAGUGAGCUCUGGUUCCUGGGAAUGCAGGCCUUGGCCGGCUGCAUCCCACUUUUCCCCUGGCUGCCACAAGGCAUGCUCCAGGUGCAGUGGCUGGAAGGGCUCUCCGAGCUCCUGACCCGUGUUGCUGCAGCCUCGGUGGACUUUGAGCUCAUCACUGCUUUCCAGGGGGUGCUGGUGGAGCUGGCCAGAGCCAGCAAGCCCUGCAGGGACGUGAUCCUGUCACACCACGGCAGGGAGUGGGCCAACCUCUAUGGUAUGGCAGCUUUGGAACAGUGUCUGUCUGAGCAGUGAAGAGCCAGCAGCACCCUGGUGUGGGGAGCAGUCAGCACAAGAUCUGGUCAACAUCUGCCCCACACCCUUUGGUGCCAGAUGGGGAUAAAACCAC